CGGUGGCCGUUGGUUGUGUGUUGUGUUGAGUAUAAGGAAACGAAAUCGUAAGGAUAAUGGUAAUUGAGGAUUGGAAACAAAGUGGCAUUGCCACCAAAUUCCCUACCUAUCGCAAUUCUCCUCUGGUGACAGUUCAUAGCUGGCAGAAGGGUAAGCGGCAGGACGAUGAGGCUGAAGGACUUUGGCGUAUCUAUGAUGGCAUCUAUGAUUUCACUGAAUUCAUUAACAAACAUCCUGGCGGUCCUUUUUGGAUAAAAGAAACACAAGGUACCGACAUCACCGAAGCCUUUGAGGCACAUCAUUUGACCACAGCACCAGAGAAAAUGAUAGCCAAAUAUAAGGUACGAGAUGCGGCCAAACCAAGGAUCUAUACAUUGACCCUGCAUGAGGAUGGCUUCUAUAAGACGCUCAAGAAGCGAGUGAGCGAGAAGCUGAAGACUGUCGAUAAGUCACCGAAGCGUAAAAGUGAUCUCAUCCAUUUUGGUAUCCUGCUAUCCACUUAUCUAUUUGCCAUAGCCAGUGCGAAAUAUGAUAGCUUGUUGGCUUUGGUUCUGGCUGGUGUAGCUCUAUGUUGGACUGUGAUUGUAUCCCAUAAUUAUUUCCAUCGUCGGGAUAAUUGGCAAAUGUAUACUUUUAAUUUGGGUCUGAUGAACUUUUGCUCGUGGCGGAUAUCCCAUGCAAUGUCGCAUCAUAUCUAUCCCAAUUCGUAUUUCGACUUGGAGUUAUCGAUGUUUGAGCCUCUGCUCUGUUGGAUACCAAACACCCAUAUCAAGAGUAAGGCUAUGCGUUAUGUAUCUUGGGUGACAGAACCAUUGGCCUAUGCAGUGGCCUUCUUCAUACAAAUGGGCACACGCAUUUUCUAUUCAGUGCGCCACACAAACAUUAUGUAUUGGCAUGAUCUGUUGCCCCUUACAUUACCCCUGGCCAUGCUGGUGGGAACGGGUGGUACAGCUCCCGUGCUUUUGUGUAUACGCCAAUGGCUGGCGAUGACGUCGAUAGCUAGUUUUGCUUUCUGCGUUAUCGGUUUGAAUGCGGCCCAUCAUGACCCGGAAAUCUAUCAUGAAGGUGAUACGAAUCGUGAGGAUCGCGACUGGGGUCUAUUCCAGGUGGACACCAUUAUCGAUCGUGGCGAUUUGAAAUGGUCACAGUUUUUGGUUUUAACCCAUUUCGGUGAUCAUAUAUUGCAUCAUUUGUUCCCAACCCUGGAUCAUGGUCUAUUGCCGGCUCUGUACCCGAUUUUGUAUGAGACCCUUGAUCAAUUUAAGGCCAAAUUGAGGGAAUGCAAUCACAUUGAACACAUGAUAGGUCAACAUAAGCAAUUGUUACGUACUGAACCCAAUACCAGGGCCCCAGGCAAAUAAAAAGUAAUCUUCAAUAAUA